AUGACAUGGUGCUUAGCAGAAGCUGUCAAAGCCAUCGACCAGGAGGCUGUGGCAGCUUCAGAAGCCAUUUCUCUCUACCGAGAUGAGAGGAAAGGCCGAAUCUUGAUACGCUUUCGAGCAGUCGGCAAAGACUUGCAAACUGUCGCUGGCUGUGUCGGCCAGGAGCGUGAUGGCGGCACCGGCAGCCGAAACUUGACAGUGGCGACAUACCGCAUCAUGCAGCGAUUUUGCACGCGCUUUAUACAACCGCCAGAGCAAAGCAAGCAGCCUGCUGUGUUGAAGCGUCGUCUGCUGAGCCACCUGCGCUCCACAGUGACAUCUUUGUCAGUGGACGCUGCUCAGGACGAAGUCGUCUCGGCGGAGCUUAUGAGGGCGAAGGCAUUGAAUGCAAGCAUUCAGAAAUUGACGCCUAAUCUCCGUUUCAUCGUCCGUGACAAAGCUCAUUCAUCGCGGCGAAUAACUCAAAGGCCGUGGAGCGCUGAUUCGGCGCUGCGCGAUGUACUCUUACAUCUGUGCACUGGGAAAGGCUCUAUCGCCAAAAUGAUCCACCACAGCGAUGAAGUCCGACGAAUUUUUGGCGAUUUUGCAAAAGCCUCCAGCUCCAAUGUUAUCACGGCAGCGACGAACAUGAGCGCAGCAGAUGAAAAAAUGCUGCAAGCAGCGAUGCUUGCGGACGCUGCUGACUCUUCGUUGCAUUUCACCCGCUUAAUGGAUCGAGAAGACUUGGAUCCAGCGGUCCUUAGCACGGAGUGCCACAUGUACCUCGCAUCCAUGAAGGCACUGUUCUGCGAAGGGCAGAUCUUCGACCGUUUUGGUUUUACCUCCACCAUGAUGAAGACCCUGGCGCAGCCUAUGGUCUUCCAAGUGGGAGCAGAAACCAGGUGCUUGGGAGACGCUGCUGGUGUAGCUGCAGAUGUUAAGACCAUCUGCUUGCAACGCAUGCAGUCAUGGAUUCGGCUCGCGGAAGCGGCUUUGCAGGCUGAGUUUCCAGAGUUCGAGCUUGCACAGGCCUUCCAAAUGUUCGACCUCGCGGGCUCUGUGCGACGGGACAGUGCCAAUGUCGAGCGAGUUGCUCAAGCUUUGGGUUUGAAUCACGGGACUCUGCAGGCGCAGUGGCAGGAUGUCUUUCCACGCGCCCAGCGGCUGCGAUCGGCCGCAUGCAAUCCCCACGCCGGUGGAGGCGGAGGUUCGGCUGAUUCGGCCGACUAUAAUAAUGAUAACAAUAAGGCGGCAUGGCAGGAGGCGCUUGCGCGGCUGACGGAGCACCAUGGAACCCGAAAGAUACAUCCAACCGAGACGUUGCGGCAAGCCUUGGUGCAAUACUUCGCCUUCGGCUGCAGCACAUCAGGUGUGGAGCAGUCCUUCAGCACAGCUGCGUG